GCUAGGUACGCAGUAGCAGUUUCGCGUCGGGCAGCUAGUAAAACAUUGGACCAAUGCCUUAGAAAACAUUUUUUCUUCGCCUCUUCAGAUAAUAUGAAUGUUGUCCGUUGAUUCCAAAUGGACGUUGUUCAUUAGAAUAACCGCAAAACACCGAUGUUAGCGUUGGACUUCUUAUUAUUUGCAGCGGCCACAUUUUCCGUUUUUGGCCGAGCUAGCUAACUAGCUAGCAUAGCUACUGUUAACCUCAAGAUAGCCUGUUAGCAACGCCUAUAAUGGCACAGCCAGGGAGCGACUCGAUGAAGAAAGCCUAGACCCUGCAUGGCGACCAACUGGCAGCAGUGGGAGUGAGCAGCCAAUCAGCCAAGGCCACCAGUAGCAUCAUGGCGUCCCGUCAGAGGAACUCGGUCCGGAUCCUGUCCAGCCGGGAGCGAGGCUCCCAGACGUUUGGCUCGCAGAGGCUCCUGCAGCUGCUGGUGGAGGAGAAAGUCCGCUGGAUGAAAUGGCAGAGUCAGAAAGUGGAGCUGCCGGACAGCCCUCGCUCAACCUUCCUGCUGGCUUUCAGCCCCGACAGGACUCUGAUGGCUUCUACACAUGUCAACCACAACAUUUACAUAACAGAGGUGAAGACUGGAAAGUGCCUACAUUCCUUAGUGGGCCACCGUAGAACCCCCUGGUGUGUGACCUUUCACCCCACAAUCCCCGGCCUGGUGGCCUCUGGGUGCCUUGACGGUGAAGUCCGCAUCUGGGACCUUCAUGGCGGCAGUGAGAGUUGGUUCACAGAGAGCAAUGUUGCCAUCGCCUCCCUGGCUUUCCACCCGACUGCUCAGCUCCUCUUGAUCGCCACCAACAACGAGCUGCACUUCUGGGACUGGAGCCGACCGGAGCCCUUCGCCGUGGUCAAGACAGGCAGCGACACAGAGAGAGUCCGGUUGGUGAGGUUCGACCCUCUCGGUCACAAUCUGCUGACGGCGAUCGUGAAUCCAUCCAACCAGCAGAAUGAGGAGGACUCGGAGGUUCCUAUGGACAGUGUUGAGAUGCCUCACUUCCGCCAGCGAUCCUUCCUGCCUUCUCAGCCAGUUCGCCGCACACCAAUCCUCCACAACUUCCUUCACAUCCUGUCGUCUCGCUCCCCGGGGGCUCAGACAGGAGCUGAGCAAUCAAGGCCUCUCAGUGAAAAUGGAAGUGGUGUCGGAGAAUCUCCCAGCAUGCCUCUGCCACAGUACCCCAGCUCUGAGCGUGGGCCUCCCUUCCCGGGCUGCACCCAGCACCUGGGCAUGGUUUGUCUGUGUAGUCGUUGCUCUGUCAAUCGCAGCCCUUCCCUGGCCCCGAGUGUGACCCCCUCUGAUCCCAGAGUGUCCUCUGACCCUCCACAGCCUCCCCCAGCUUCCACGUUCUCUUCAGCCCGUACAGAACCCCGGCAGCCCUCAGAACGACCCUCAGCCUUUACCUCAGUCUAUUACAGCGCUGGCACGUCUCUUAAUCCCACCGCACCAAGCGGCAUCGAGCCGCACUCCACCACUAGGCCAGGGCCGGACUGGACACGCAACCUGCUGAGUAUGAGGGAAGGUGGGGUUGGUCCAGGUAUGCUGCCUCCCAGAACCUCCUCCUCCUCCAUCAGCCUGCUUUCAGUGCUCCGUCAGCAGGAUGGCUCCUCUCAGUCCCCCGUCUACACCUCUGCCUCUGAAGGACGGGGUUUCCCCCAACAAGGGGAUCCGGGGGCCCGAGACACUGCCGGUACGAGCAGCGGACAUCAUCCGUUCUGGGACGGCUCUCGAAGCAACACGGCUUCCUUCCGCAACGUGUUGCAGUGCAACCUGAGCCGCUACUUCAUGGAGUUUGAUCGCAUGCAGGACCUGGAGCCGCCUUUAGGGGGCAGCAUGGCGGAUGGAGGUCAGGAGCAGAGCCAAGAGUUGCUGAAUAAUAACAUGGACCCAGAGAGACCCGGGCCGUCCUCAUCCUCCUCCACCUCUUCCCCUACUAUCAUCCACUACCAGCCUCCUCUCCCCCCUCCUCCUUCCUCCCACAGCCUGGAGAACAAUGUUCCUCCCCCGGCCUCCCGGGGCCAUCUGAACCGCUGCCGGGCCUGCCACAACCUGCUGACCUUCAACCAUGAUUCUCAGCGCUGGGAGCGCACAAGCCAGUCCUCCUCCACCUCUGCCUCCUCUCUGGAGCCCUCCUCCUCUUCCUCCUCUUUCCCUCCUUCUUCUUCACCCUGGCAGCCUGAGGAGGGCAGGAGGACUCUAGAAGCCCAACCUCCAGAGAGGAGGGCGCCUCCAGAGCCAAGCGAGCAGCUGCCUCCUCCUGGAGCUGGAGGAGCAGCAACAGUGGCCUUCCCGAUAGGCCCGACCCCCAGCCAGACCGGAGAGCAGACAGUGGGCCUGGUGUACAACCAGGACACUGCGCAGUGGGAGAGGGUGUACCGGCAGGCAGCUGCUGGCAGAUCGGGAGAGCCGCCGGAGGCCUUAAGCCAAGAAAUGCCUGUUGACCCCCCAGACGAGGACUCCCUGAGGAGGCGACUGUUGGAAUCAUCUCUGCUGUCGCUGUCUCGUUAUGACAUGUCAGGAUCAAGAGACCACCCCAUCUACCCCGAUCCAGCCAGGCUGUCUCCAGCUGCUUACUACGCCCAGAGGAUGAUCCAGUAUCUGUCGAGGCGGGACAGCAUUCGACAGCGUUCGCUUCGCUACCAGCAGAACCGCCUCCGGGCCAUGUCGUCUUCGUCCGACAGCCCCACCAGCAACCCGUCCAACUCCAUGGACAACAGCGAUGUGGACUUUGAGGAGCUGGAUGAUAAUGGAGACAGAGCGAGACACAGGACUCCACGUAACGCCAGGAUGUCUGCACCCUCGCUCGGUCGCUUCGUUCCACGGCGUUUCCUCCUCCCUGAGUAUCUGCCCUAUGCUGGGAUCUUCCAUGAACGUGGGCAACCUGGGCUGGCCACACACUCCUCUGUCAACAGAGUCCUCGCUGGUGCAUCGAUCGGGGACGGUCAGUCUGCAGUCGCCAGCAACAUCGCUAACACCACCUACCGACUGCAGUGGUGGGACUUCACCAAGUUUGACCUGCCUGAGAUCAGCAACGCCUCGGUCAACGUUCUGGUGCCAAACUGUAAGAUCUACAACGACGCGAGUUGCGACAUCUCUGCAGACGGUCAGCUGCUGGCGGUCUUCAUUCCCAGCAGCCAGCGGGGUUUUCCAGACGAGGGCAUCUUGGCCAUCUACUCUCUGGCUCCCCACAACCUGGGAGAGAUGCUCUACACCAAGAGAUUUGGUCCAAAUGCCAUUUCUGUCAGCUUGUCUCCGAUGGGCUGCUACGUGAUGGUCGGCCUGGCCUCUCGCAGGAUCCUGCUGCAUCCCACCACAGACCACAUGGUGGCGCAAGUCUUCCGUCUGCAGCAGCCUCACGGAGGGGAGACGUCCAUCAGGAUGGUGUUCAACGUGGUCUACCCGAUGGCUCCAGACCAGAGGCGCCACGUCAGCAUCAACUCUGCUCGCUGGCUGCCGGAUCCGGGGAUGGGUCUGGCUUAUGGAACCAACAAGGGAGACCUGGUCAUCUGCCGGCCUGUGUUCUAUCGUAGUGACGGUGAGAGCCCUGCAGAGUCGAGCAGUGAACCUUUGUUCUCUGUCAACAACAGUGGGACCAGCCGGACCCGAGGCUCUGACAGACCGGGGCCAAACCGCUCUGGCUGGAGACUGGACAGAGACAUGGGUUUGAUGAACGCUAUUGGUCUUCAGCCUCGACACCCCGCGCCUUCAGUGACAUCACAAGGAACCCAGACACCCAUCAUCCAGCUGCAGAACGCUGAGACACAGACGGAGAGGGACCUAUCAGAGCCCAGCGCCUCCCAGCAAGCACCCAAUGUCCCUCCUGAGACUCCGUCCACAAGUGGAGCAGCUGCGGGGCAGCCGGAGGCGUCUCAGACCAGCAGAGGUCAGGACAGCAGCCAGGCUGAAGCUUCAGCAGAGGCCAACACACCCACAGCCAGCGCUGGUGAGUCUGCGGAGUUCGGCUCAGGUGAAGACGCUCUGGCACGAAUCCGCCGGCUGAUCGCUGAAGGCGGGAUGACAGCAGUGGUGCAGCGGGAGCAGAGUACCACCAUGGCGUCCAUGGGCGGCUUCGGAAACAACAUCAUCGUCAGUCAUCGCAUCCACCGCGGCUCCCAGACGGGCGCUGGGGCGUCAAGGCCCGCGGUCGACUCGGCCCCCUCCACAUCAGGUCCUCUCCUCAUCACCCAGCCCCAACCCUACAGCCCCCCGCAGGCUUCAUCUGAACAGCUGGCUCCCGUGUGGGGCCCCCAGGUGCUGUCGGGCCCCCAGACCCCCGGCCUCUCUCUGGCUGUGGACAUGGACGACGUGUUUGAUGGGGGCCGAACAGACGACGACUCCCUGCCGGGUCCCUCUUCUUCCUCCCUGCUGUUGUCUUCCCCCUCUUCCUCCUCGUCCUCCUCGUCCUCCGUCAGCCCCCUCCCUGGCAGCGGCGGAGGGAUUGGCCCCCCCAGCGGUUACCCCGGCGACCCAUACAGCAGGUAGUCCUCCCAUUGGCCAAGAGAAGCAGAGCGUUGGCCGAUGGGUCCGGCGGAGGGCGCUCCUCAAAGCCUUAUCUCACAAAGAAUUGGGUGCUGCUUUGACUCUGCACAGGGUCUCCCGCCUGGACAAGAAGGGACACAAGAAGCCCACCUCACCCCUCCUCACCGUGAACGGCGUGCACUUCCUCCGCACUUACACAAACUGGACUGAAGCUGAAACGCGAUCAUUCCUCGUCAGAAAGGGCUUCUACUUGAACGGAGGCCAGUUGGCGCUGUGCUCCUCUCCACCCAUCUCUCUGUCGGUGUCCGCCUAAUGGAAGACAAGGUUCCUGUUUGUCAAAGUGCCAUGUCUGAGGGGGGAGGUUUCACUGUUGCACACACACAUUUGCUCCAACGUGCUGCAUUCGGUGCCAUGUGAUGUUGAAACUUGAUGUGGAAUCGUGUGUGAUUGAAGUGUUUAAAAAGUGAAUUCAGCACUACUUUAUUUUGAAGCCCGUUUUUGUACCGCGUGUAAUUAUGAUGUUUGAAAGGAGACGUGGAGUCAGAAGCUGGACUCCUGCAGGUGAUGGAGGAUGUUACUGCACCCACCCCACCUCCACCCCCACCCUCACCCUCACCUGGAGAAUCAAUCAUGACUGAACGGACUCUGAGACUGAACUGAAUCUACUGCAUGUCUGUCAGUAAUGCUGCAGUUCAUCAAACAAACAUCUUUCUUUUAUUUUCAAAGGCUGAAGAAGAGAGGAACAACUUCCUGUUUUUUUUACGGAGGUCAUCCAUCAAGCCCUCCUCUAACCCCCCCCCCCCAAAAAAAAAACCCCACCUGACCCGGUUGCACUAUUGUGUGUUUGGUGCUUGUGUGUGUGUGUGUGUGUGUGUGUGUGUGUGGUUCUAUUCCACUGCAGGAACCUGAGACCUGACCCCGAGGGUUCUCAUGUGGCUUUGCAGACGCAUGUUCUGGCUCGGCUCAACUCGUUUCCAUGACAACAGAGCUACCUGCCUGAAGGUGUGUCUCUAAGCGACGGCGCGUGGUGUUGAGCGGCUGUAAACACUCCUCCUUCCUGCUGUUAUUGAAGAAUCGCCGCUAACUAAGCGCUGCUGUGACCAACAUGUUUGAUAUCCUGCAUGUUCUUCACAAUAAAAGUCUCCUUUUAUUUAGUUAUUUAAAAGCUUUUAUUAUGAAGCAGUAAAAUCACGUCAUGUUGUGUUCUCAGUGAAGAGAGUCAGACUGCUGCUGAUCAGCUGAUUGUCGUCACAGGUGAGCUGUGUUCACUCGUCUGUCGAGCUCCGUAUUCGCACCUGUAGCUUUAAACAGUCGAGCCCCGCCCUCAGCGAGUCACCUGGGUGGAGCAGUAAGAGACGACAUGAAGCCGAGUCCUUCAGGACGGAGACUGCUGGUCCUGGACUACGUUACGUAUAUGAACUGUUUCCGUCUCAGCACUACUGAAUCACAGCUCAUGUUGGUGGGACUCGGCUCUGCUGUGUGUCAGUGCUGCACCUCGUUCUUAUUACACUAACAGCAGAAAGUCACUAAUGACACAAGUCCUGUUGGGCACAAGGAGCUGACACAGUCAAACACAAAAAUAUAUUGGUAAUUAAAUUAUAUGCUAAUAAACAUCAAGAACUUUAAAUGUGACAAACAGAUUUUUUGUUAUAAUUUGCUUCUAUUUAUUUUAAUUUGUUGAACCAUUUUAUUGUGUGAAUUUAUGAACAUAUUUAUGUAUUAUUGUGCAAAAUGUAAAGGGAAAAGAUAGAGAUAACUAACUACAGAAGUAAAAUAUGGAUACAUUAGUCAAUAAACUGGCAAAUUAAAUAAUGAGUAUUACAAAGAUAAAUAUUUACAGAAGUAAAACAAAUGUCAAGUUUUGUCACAUUUGAUGAAUGAAUCAUUU